AUGUCGGUAGAGAAGUAUACUAGGGAGUUUGAAAAACUUUCUAUCAUGAGUGGAGUUGAGGAAGCACCAGAGCAUAAGAUUUCUAGGUAUAUUGGUGGUCUUGAAAGAAAGCUUGGGCAAAAGGUUGAUGUGCAUGCCCAUGGAAGUUUUGAUCAAGUGGUGCAAGUGGCUUUGAAGUUUGAGAAGUAUGACAAGGUGAGUAGUGAUAGUGGGUAUCCGAAGCCUACUUUCAAGAAUUCUUUUGCUCCAAAGGGUGAGACAAGCAAGCCCAUUGUCAAAGAUGACAAAGGCAAGGCUCCCAUGCAUUUUCCUAACAAAGAUGAUCACAACAAGAUGGGAAAUCGAAAGACUUGCUACAAGUGUAGAGGCUAUGGACAUUUUUCUAAUGAGUGUCCAAAUAGUAGAGCUAUGAUGAUUCGUGAAAUGGAUGAUGAUAAGUACGAAGAUGAGAAGAGGGAUUUUGGUGACCCUAUAUAUGAUGAGGAGGAUGAAAUUGUAGUUGACGCCGAUGAGGGUCAAAUCCUUGUAGUGAGGAGAGCACUUCACUCCAUUUCCACCCCUUUAGCGGAAGAGCAAAGGGAAAAAAUCUUCCAAACUCGAUGCACCAUCAAGGAUCGGGUUUGCAAUCUUAUCAUCGAUAGUGGCUCUUGCACUAAUGUGGCUUCAACAACAUUUGUGAGCAAGCUCAAUCUUGAAACUACCGAUCAUCCUACUCCCUACAAGCUUCAAUGGCUUAACAAUCACAAUGAGGUGAAGGUAACGAAACAAACUCUUUUUUCUUUCUCAAUUGGCAAGUUAUAUAAGGAUGAGGUGCUUUGUGAUGUAUUGCCUAUGGAUGCUUGUCAUAUAUUGCUUGGUAGACCUUGGCAAUUUGAUAGAGAUGUGAUGCAUGAUGGAAGAAAGAACACUUAUUCAUUCAUGAGGGAUAAGAAAAAGAUUGUACUCAACCCCUUGUCCCCCACCAUCAAACACAAAGAACCCUUGGGUACGGGAAACACAAUCAAAGAGAACCUUCUCAUUGGGGAAAAUGAGAUGGAAAAGGAGAUAAAUCAAGGACACAUUGGCUUUAUUUGUCUUCUUAGGGAAACAAAAGAGAGUGAGCGAGAGAACCCAAUCCACCCCCUUGUCAAGGAAGUAUUGGUUGAGUACCACGACGUUUUCCCCGAUGAUCUCCCACCCGGUUUGCCACCUAUUAGGGGAAUUGAACAUCAAAUAGAUCUUAUUCCCAGAUCACAACUCCCUAAUAGACCGGCUUAUAGGUGUACCCGCGAUGAAGCAGGAGAGCUUCAAAGACAAGUUGGUGAGUUGAUUGAAAGAGGAUUUGUAAGGGAAUCCCUUAGCCCUUGUUCGGUUCCGGCUCUUUUGGUUCCGAAAAAGGAUGGUACAUGGAGGAUUUGUGUGGAUAGUAGGGUCAUCAAUAACAUCACCAUAAAGUAUCGCUUCCCUAUUCCCCGACUUGAUGAUAUGCUUGAUGAGUUACAUGGUUCCAAGGUGUUUUCGAAGAUUGACUUGAGGAUGGGCAAAUGUGAAAUUGAUCAUGCUAAACAUUUGAGGCAAGUAUUUGAAACAUUGAGAAGUAGACGGCUUUUUGCUAAGUUGGAAAAAUGUACUUUUAUGGUGGAUAGUAUUGUUUUUCUUGGUUACGUGAUUUUAAAUGUAGGGAUCUCAAUGGAGCCUAGUAAAGUGGAGGCCAUUCAAUCUUGGCCUACUCCUACUACUCUCACUCAAGUUAGGAGUUUCCAUGGUCUAGCUUCCUUCUAUCGAAGGUUUGUGAAGAAUUUUAGCACUAUUUUUGCCCCGGUGGCCAAAUGCAUGAAGAAGGGUACUUUUGAGUGGACACCAUCAGCUCAAAGGGCUUUUGAGAACCUCAAGAAGAAGUUGUGUGAGGCUCCAAUCUUAGCUCUUUCGAAUUUUGAUCAACCCUUUGAAGUUGAAUGUGAUGCUAGUGGGGUUAGAGUUGGAGCGGUUCUUGUGCAAGGAGGGAGGCCGGUUCCUAUUUUAGUGAGAAGCUUUGUGGAGCAAGAAUGA